AUGGUCGAAGCUCCUUCUGCCCCUUGUAACUCUAAUGCUGGUGGCAUUCACACAUACGAAGGAUUGCGUGUUAUCUCCCCCACAGAGUUUGAGGUUCAGCUCUAUCUGAAUCAGAUGGGUGUGUUCAAUUUUGUUGAUGACGGCAGUGUCCCUGGCGGAGCCGUGCUCAAGUUGUCCGACGGCCGCAAACGCUCCAUGUCGCUGUGGGUGGAGUUCAUAACCGCCUCCGGCUACCUGUCGGCACGCAAGAUCCGAGCUCGCUUUCACGGUCUGGUCGGUCAGGCUGUCGAGAAGUGUACAUACCGCGACAUCCUGCGCCUGAUGCCAAGCACCAGCGAGGUGAAGAUCCGCAUACGAGACCGAGCUAGCCUACAGAUCACACCGGCCUUCCGCUGCCCGGGGCUCUGGCCCCGGUCAGCCAGUCACUGGUCCUGCCUCCCCACUUCCACCUUUCAGUCUGCCGCCAACCUUUCCCUUGUCCCUGUCUCCGGGUCCUCCGCCUCAUCUUCAGCCUCCUUUUCCACCCUCUCUGGCUUGGCCAAUACAUCAGCUGCCUCCCCCGUCUGCCUCUCUUCGGCGUCUCCAGCGUCUGCCUCAGUCACCCAAUCUACACCCAUCUUCAUGUCCACAUGCUCCGGUUCGGUCUUUCCUGUUUCGCCGCUUGAGUCAGUUUAUCCAAGUGCCAAUGGGACUGCAGAACUGACGGCCUCAGCCUGGCCUUCGCCGGCCUUGGCGGCAGAAGUGAAACGUGAAGGCUUCAGCUUGUUGAGCCAGGAGUCGUUGUAUACAAGAGACAGGCAGGCCUCAGCAGAGGGCGACGCCUGGCUGCUGGAUUUCCACGACGCCGAAGAGCGUCUUCUCGCCGGCUCCGCUCGAAGGCGUUGCCUCGACAUCCUCGAGACCCUGUCAGAACGCCACCUCAAUCUCGGACUGCCAGGCCAAGAGGAAUCUGGCUGGCCAGAAGUGGCCGCAGUCCGAGGAGGCGGUGAAGAGGGGCAACAGUGUCUGGUGAAAGCAUACCACCUGAAGAGUCUGGUGCUUCACGAGUGUGAGAAGCAUCCCCGCGAAGAGGAAUGGCAUGAGGCGGCGCUUCCAGACCGCGUGAAUGGCGUCCUCUUGCAACUCAUCUCUUGUCUCCAGCAUCGACGAUGUCCUCACUACUUUCUGCCACAGCUCGACCUGUUUCGCGGCAAAUCUCCUGUGGCUAUGGAUCUGGCGGCCAAGCAGGCCUGGAACUUGUUGCGGGCUUUAAUCACUUCACCACGGGCCCUCGAGCGCCUCUAG